AUGAAACCCGUUACAAUUGCCAGUGCCCUCCUCUCCUAUUGCGCGACUACCUCCACCGCCGCCAUCGCCAUCGCCUCCCCAACCCCCCGCGAAGCCCGGAUCCCGACCUCCUACGAGUCCGCAGUCCUCGGCCGUCGUAUCCUCGCCCUCACCCCGCUCGGCACGCUCUCCACGGUCUUCCCCGACGAUAAGAAUAAACGUGAACACAGCGCAGCGGAGGAUGCCGAUGCCGGUACCAAUACCGAUGACGCAACCACGCGAGAACGGCGCCCGCAAGGGUUAGGCGGCCUACCGUACGGUCUGAUGGAGUAUAUCGCCGAUUGCGAAGAAGACGACGACGUCGGUAACCCGACUAUCCUCGCUAUCAGCAUUGGCACUACCUUCAAGAACGUCGCGGCUGGGAGUAAUGUGAGCUUGGCGGUUCAAUGGGCCCCGCCGUAUCCGCCCGCGAAACGGAUUAAGAGUUGGGCUUGGGCUUCUUCCUACCUGAAUCUAUUUAGGUGGUGGAACGGCAACGGCGGCGACGGGCAUGGCGACGGGGGUGGUGAUAGUGACGGUCACGAUAUCGCCCUCCCCUACUCCGCCGCCAACCUACCGCGCUUCUCCCUGCUCGGCCACCUCGAGCCUAUCGAAGGCAGCGACGACCCCAAGAGUGGGAUCGGUGCCCAGAUUGCGAAGUGCUACGUCGACUCGCACCCAGACGCCAAGUACUGGCUCCCGGGUAAUCGGAUCCACGAGGCUCAUUUUGCGCGGCUCGUUGUUGAGCAGGUGUACUGGGUGGGCGGGUUUGGAGAUCGCGCUUUCAUCGGUUGGAUUCCUGUGGAGGAGUGGCAAAACGUCACACGCCGAGAAUGGGAGAAGGUCCGUCUCCCGGGGGAGAAGAAGGGCUGGAAGGAGUGGUCAAUUCAGGGUGAUCUUUAA